AUGGGCUGCUUGCCGACGCUAGCCAUGCUGGCAGUCCAGGCGGGCUUUGCCGGCAUGAAUCUUCUCUCCAAGCUCUCGCUGGACACGGGCAUGAGCCCGUUCGUGCUCAUCGCCUGCAGGAGCUUCAUCGCCGCCGGUGUCCUCGCUCCCAUCGCGCUCUACUACGAGCGGAACCUGUGGGCGACCAUGAGCAGGAGGGUGAUCCUGGAGAUCUUCAUCUCCUCCACUCUCGGAAUGUCACUGAGCGAGCUGCUCUACUUCCUGGGCUUCCAGUCGACGACCCCCACGGUGGCGUCGGCGCUGGGCAACCUGGUGCCCGCCCUGACGUUCCUCAUCGCGGCGGCGGCCAAGGUGGAGACGCUGAGGCUCAAAACGCGCGCCGGGCAGGCCAAGGUCGCCGGCACGGUCGUCUGCCUCGGCGGAUCAAUGGUGAUGCUCUUGUGCAAGGGCCCCCUGCUGAGGAUCUGGGCCUCGCCGCUCCACUGGAGGUACGCCGAGGAGAUCGCCGCCGCUGCGGCAUCAAAGGCCACCGGCAGCCGCAGCGCCGUGUCGGUCGGCGACGUGCUCAUCAUCCUCAGCUGCGUCGCCUGGGCCGGAUGGUUGGUUCAGCAGAACGAGACCUCGCAACGGUUCGCAGCGCCUUACACGAGCACCAUCAUCAUGUCGCUGAUCGUGGGCGUGGAGUUCGCGGUGGUGAGCGCCGCCGUGGACCGCCGGGCCGCCGUGUGGGAGCUCGGGUCCGGCAUCCGGCUCUACUCCGUCCUCUACAUGGGGAUCGUGGGCUGGGGGGCCACCUUUGUGGUGAUGACGUGGUGCAUUAAGCUGCGUGGCCCACUGUUCGUCUCCAUGUUCAACCCCGUGGUCUUGGUGGUCUGCGCCGUGCUGGGCUGGGCGUUCCUCGGCGAAAAGAUACACCUCGGAGACGCGGUUGGGUCGGUGCUUAUCGUGGCCGGCCUCUACAUGGUACUAUGGGGAAAGGCCAGGGAGGCGCGCAAGCCGGCCCAUGUCGAGGAUGGUGCCGGCGCCGGUGUGUGACACGGAGGCCGCCGCCUGGAGGACAACAGUGAGG